AUGAAUGUCCAGCUGGGUUUGGAGAACACCGGGGACAUGUCCAGCCAAGAGCAGGAGCUCAUGCACGGCCAAGGCAGAACCUUACAUUCUGCUCUCUCCAGACCUUCUCUGGUGGCCUCGGUGCUGGACGGCAGUGAGUAUCACCGAGCCGAGCACCACCUGGCUACCGCUUUGCACCCGGGGCUUGGCUUUGGUGGGGAUUCGCCCACUGGGGCUGCCAACAGCUACACCACCUUGACCCCCCUGCAGCCGCUGCAUGAGAAAUUCCACCACCAGCACCAUCACCACCAGUGCUUGCCGGUGGGCAACGUGAUUGGGAGCUUCACCCUGAUGAGGGAAGAAAGGGGCCUGGGUUCCGGCGGUAACUUUUACAGCCCUUACCACAAGGAUCUUGGCAUGGGGCAGAGUCUGUCGUCCCUGCCCAGCCCUAACCUGACCCCCAUGCAUAGCUAUGGCCACUCUGCCGGACACUUGGGCAACGAGAAGAUGGUGGUGGCCAAUAACUUCGAAGCCCACCCUGCCAUGUUUGGCAGGAUCGACCAGCACUUUUCCAGGGAGCUUUCCCCCUCCCAGAACUCCACCAUGGGAUCCCCCAACAGCAUGGGCCAGCACCCCUAUGGCCAUGCCAGGCCGGACAUGAAUUCCAGACCCAACCAGCCCAUCUCCACCCAAACCACCGUCCUCUCCAGCCAGCUGGAGGAGAUCAACACCAAAGAAGUGGCCCAGCGGAUCAUCGCUGAGCUCAAGAGAUACAGCAUCCCGCAGGCCAUCUUUGCCGAGAGGGUGUUGUGCCGGUCUCAAGGCACCUUGUCAGACCUCCUCAGGAACCCUAAACCCUGGAGCAAACUCAAGUCCGGGAGGGAGACUUUCAAAAGGAUGUGGCGCUGGCUGCAGGAGCCUGAGUUUCAGAGAAUGGCAGCUUUAAGGUUAGAAGCCUGCAAAAGGAAAGAGCAAGAGCAAAGCAAAGCCGACAGAAACCACGUCCCUAAGCGGCACCGGCUGGUCUUCACGGACAUCCAGCGCCGCACGCUUCACGCCAUCUUCCAUGAGAACCAGCGGCCUUCCAAGGACCUGCAGGUCACCAUCGCCCAGCAGCUGGGCCUGGAGCUCUCCACCGUCAGUAACUUCUUCAUGAACGCACGGCGCCGCAGCCUAGACAAGUGGCUGGAAGAGGGGCGCCCCCCGGCCUCGGGCACCCACGCCUCCUCUGCCGUCACUUGCACCAAAGCCUGAGGGAAGC